UCGCUAUUUACUCAUCAACAAAUUUAUUUGUUGUUCAAAAACUCUUUUUAACCAAGAAACAAGAACACAAUACAAGAAAAAUAGACUACAACGACAAUUUUCUUUUACUGAAAAAGGGUUCAUUUAUUUACUUAAUACAAGAGUAUUUGUAUACAAAUUCUCAACAACUUUUAAAGCAAAACUAAACAUAAUAACAACAUGACACAUGACAGACACUAACAUACUAACAACUCAGAUAAUACUACCUAAUAUACAGUUUUCCCAAUCAAUCACAAUUUGGACAAUAAUAGUUCUUACAAAUUGUAUUUUAUUUCUUGUUAUCACUAUAGUCCUUAUUGUGAUAUAUAUUACUUGUAAAGAAGUAUGUGGUAGGUAGUUCAUGAGCUUCUUUUGUUUGCAUUUUAGUCAAAUUCUAAUAACAUACACAAUAAUUCAUAUUUAUGGGUUUAUUUAAAUAAAUCGCUUUUAAUAGGUAAAACUUAUUCUAAAUAAGGAUGGUUGUUUAAAAUUACUUAUGUGCAUAUAUCAUUACUCAAUUAUAUUUCUUCAUUCAACAAUCAAUCAAAAAUGUCUAUAUGUACACACAUUUAAUGACUUAGUGUACAACUGGAUUUUCAAAAUUUACCAAAUUUUAUGUAAUAAUAUUACUUUUUCAAAUAUAUUAUUAAAAGGAGCCAAACAUGAUGAUGAGAGUAUUUCAUGCCUAGUCUUUAGCUUAUUAACUCAAUCAAAAUCAUCAUUAUUAGAUAGAAAGAAUUGGUCAAUUCAAUGCCUUAAAAUCAAAUGCAACCAAAAAUAUAGAGAACAAGAAAUUAAUGUAAACAUUGGAAUUACUUCAAUUCAAAUGUUCUUACGUAAAAAAAAAUAGUGAGACACAUACUUAAAAAUCCAUAUAACCCCAAUGGUUACGAUCAUAAUAUAUACUUGACUAAAAACCAAACAAAAAAGAAAGACUCAAACCCCAAAUUCAUACGUAAUAAAAAACCAAAAACAUCUUAUUUCUUGCGUGUAAGAAUAUUUCAAACAUUAAUUUCACAUGAUUCUAACCAUUUUUAUUCUUAUAAAAAGAAAAAAUAAAAAUCCCUUUUACAAUUAUAACCCAAAAAAAAAAAAAUAGUUCAAGAGUCAAGACGCGUUCAUUAAAAUUUUCAUUUCAUCAAACUUAACUACUUUAAAAUAAAAUAAAAGGUAGAUAUUAAUUUAAUUCAUACCAAUAUGUAACAACAAUAACACCGCGUUUGGUACGCGGCUAAGGUUUUGUUAAUUAGGUCUAAUAAGCCCAAACCGGUCCCACAUUUCGUACUGAAACCAAAACGGUGUCGUUUUUAAGAGUGAGAGACAGAGUAAGUCAGUCAGUCCACCGACUUGCGUUGACCAGUUUAAGGUCAAAUUUGAGGUUUGAUCCAUUCCAUUCUGUAAUUAAUCAAACACCUUAAACUUAAUUAAAGUCCCUCCCAGCGGUGCAGCCCUUACCCUUUCAAACUUUUUCAACGGUCAAAUAUUCAAAACUCAUCACACCCUGUUGUUCUCUUCUUUCUACCAUUUUUUUUAAUUUAUAAAAAUAAAAAAAGCCUAUUUUUUCUUUUUAUUUAUUUUCAAAGUCUAAACCCGUGUCCUAUAUAUAUGUGUAUAUAUAUAUAAUACAAACAAUUAAUCCAAACCCAAAUACUUCUCAUUAUUCAUUCAAUUCAACUCAAAGCAAAGAAACCCAUAAAGGAAAUAACCAAAGCUUAAGCAAAAAAAUUUCUUUUCUUUCUUAAUUUUUUCUUAGUUACCAAACAGAAUAAUGAUCUCUUCAUGGAGACGCCGGAGAUCUUGUAACCGUCGACCGGGAAAAGAGAAUUACAUGAUUCAAAUUGACAGUAAUAUGGAGAUGGAGGAAUUAACCGUACCUGGACAUUUUCGGUGCCCGAUUUCGCUAGAUUUGAUGAAAGAUCCGGUGACUUUAGUGACCGGAAUUACUUACGAUCGCCAGAGCAUCGAGACUUGGAUCGAAGCAGGGAAUAUCACGUGUCCAAUUACUAAUCAAGAGCUUAAAAAUCUCGAACCCAUUCCCAAUCACGCGAUUCGGAAAAUGAUUCAAGAUUGGUGCGUAGAGAAUCGGUCACGCGGUGUUGAGAGAAUCCCGACGCCGCGUAUUCCGAUUAGCUCUCAUGAAGUGUCGGAGAUUCUGACGAAGAUGAGUUUGGCGAUCGAGAGACGAGAUUCGAACGGAAUUAGGGAUUUGAUCGGUAAAGUGAAGAAAUCGGCGAAAGAAAGCGAAAGGAAUAAGAGGUGUUUCGUUAAUAACGGAACAGGAAAUAUCUUAUCUAAAGCUUUCGAAGCUUUUUCAUCAAACGACGUCGUUUUGGAGGAAAUAUUGUCGUGUUUAACAUUGGUUUUCCCAUUAGACGACGAAUCCAAGUGUCGUUUUAUAAACUCACCUUCGGCUUUGAAUUGUAUGGUGAGAUUUUUGGAGUCUGGUGACUUGGCGGGAAGAAGAAACUCUGUUUUGUUGAUGAAACAACUUGUUUCAUCAACUUCUGAUCAUCGUUCUAUUGGAGCGGUGAUCGAGAUAAAUGGGGUUUUGGAGGCUUUGGUUAAGCUUGUUAAGGAGCCAAUUUGUCCUACAGUGACAAAAUCGAUCUUGAUUAUUGUUUAUCGAAUGUUGAUUGGUUCUUUCGAUGAGAAAAUUGGCGAAAAGUUUGUUGAAUUAGGGUUAGUUGAGUUACUAAUCGAAAUGCUUGUGGAGGGAGAUAGAAGUGUGUGUGAAAAGGCUUUGGGAGUUCUCGAUCGCCUUUGUGGAAGUAGGGUAGGGAGAGUGGCUGCACGUGGCCACUCUCUUACUAUUCCAAUUUUGGUUAAGAAGAUUCUUCGAAUUUCUGAUUCUGCAACUGAGUUUUCGAUUAAUAUGCUUUGGAAGUUAUUAACCAUGAUUAAGAAGGAUAGUAAUGAGAAUGAUAUUAAUUAUGAAGACGAGAAGAGUGUCAUUAUCGAAACUCUUCAAGUCGGGGCUUUUCAAAAGCUUUUGUUGCUCUUACAAGUGGGAUGUGGAGAAAAGUUGAAGGAGAAGACUAGUGAUUUGUUGAAGCUUUUGAAUCUUCAUAGAGGAAGGCUUGAGUGCAUUGAGACUACCGAUUUUAAGCAAAUUAAAAGAUCUUUUUGAAUUAAUUAAUAUCAAAUCAUCAUUAUUAUUAUUAUUAUUAUUGUUAUACUAUUGAUCACCCUUUGAUUGGGAUUAAUUAAGUUAGUUAAUUAAUUAGCUCAAUCUAGAAGAGAAAUGGUGGAAAGAAAAAAAAUAAGGGGGGUUGAGUUUUUGUUUCAUUUUUAUAUUAUUUAAAUUGUACAAAAUACAAUCAAAGUUACGUUCAUAAAAUAAUAUUAAUAUGACACAAUAUAUAGUUCUUGUA